AUGGAAGAACUUACGGCAUUCGUGUCGAAAUCUUUCGAUCAGAAAAGCAAGGAGAGCAGCAAAGAGAGUAUCACGUACAGGGAAGUUUUGGAGAGCGGCUUGACAAGGGCGAGGGAGCUGGGCAGCCCGGAGACAAACCUGCAGGACAUAACGGAGAGCAACCACUGCCCGGUGCAUCUGUUCAAGGACCACGUCGAGCUGGAAAAGGAGAAACUGAAGGACUUUAACGUUUCGAGGGCGACAGAGGGGAUAUACGAGUGUAAGGAGAAAAAGGAGGACGUGAAGUCCGAGGACGAGGACGCACAGGGCAAACUGAAGCAGCGGAGGAGUCGCACGAACUUCACCUUGGAGCAGCUCAACGAGCUGGAGCGGCUCUUCGACGAGACACACUACCCGGACGCGUUCAUGAGAGAGGAGCUGAGCCAGCGGCUGGGACUGUCCGAGGCCAGAGUGCAGGUUUGGUUUCAGAACAGAAGAGCAAAAUGUCGAAAACAAGAAAACCAGAUGCACAAAGGUGUUAUUCUGGGCAGCGGCAGUCACCUCGACGCAUGCAGAGUUGCACCCUAUGUCAAUAUGGGUGCCCUCCGGAUGCCCUUCCAACAGGUCCAAGCACAGCUCCAGUUAGAUGGGGUGACCCACUCCCACCCCCACCUGCACCCUCACCUGGCUGCUCAUGCUCCCUACCUGAUGUUCCCACCCCCUCCCUUCGGACUACCAAUCGCAUCUCUCGCUGACUCGGCCUCCGCAGCGGCGGCGGUGGCAGCAGCUGCCAAAAGCAACAGCAAGAACUCGAGCAUCGCCGACCUGCGACUCAAGGCAGGACUUCUGCGGGGCCAGUGGCUCAGUCCACUCCAGGCACAGAUCACAUCCCAAGGACCGUACAAACACAUGUGGAUGUCUGUCUGAGGG